AUGAUGUCGGGGAGGGGGGCUAAAAAACGCGGGAGACCCCCAAAAUCCGGCAAUUUUGAAAAGAACAGGAAAUUUCAAUAUCAUUUAUUAAAGAAACCCAAAUAUUUGCAAGCUCAAAAUAUUGGAACUGGAUCAUUGACGAGUACUCCAUCUGCAUCAAGAGCGUCAUCGCCUCAAGGUAGUGAUACUAGCAAACGUAGUACUCGAAAACAAAGAGGUGGGAAAUCACACAAAAGUAGAAGAGGUGGUCUAUCUAAUGCUUAUUCGAGAAGAGGAUAUAAUCCUCAUGCAGCAGAUUAUCAUGAAUCGGAAUAUCACUAUGGAUCUGAUUUUGGAGAUGAGUUUAGCGAUCGAUCAGAGCCUGAAGAGGAGCGAGUUAGCGAGAGUUCAGAUGCUUCCGCGAGUGAUGGUGCUGCUGGAAGUGAUAGUGACUUCUCCGUUUGCUCUAUUAACUCUGCAGCGGGAACUCCACGAAAAUCAGUUUCAAAUUUUAAUAGAGUUCCUAGUCCUGAUCCUCUAUGGCUUCAGCAAGAACGUCAAAUACCCAAUUUAGUACUUCCAGCCUCAUCUGAUGACUUAAUAAUUCCUCAUAGUUUAGUUUUGCAAGUGGUUGGUGUUUAUGAGGUCUUACGCCACUUUAGACAUCUUGUACGGUUAUCACCUUUUAGAUUAGAAGACUUGUGUGCUGCAGUUAGCUGUAAUGAGCAAAGUACACUACUAACAGAAGUACAUAUAAUGCUAUUGAAAGCACUUUUACGGGAGGAAGAUGCCCAACAAACUCAUUAUGGUCCUUUAGACCAUAAAGAUAGUGUAAAUAUAACACUGUUUCUAUUAGAUGUCAUGACAUGGCCAGAAGUUUUGAGAGCUUAUGUGGAUAGUGACAAAUCAUUUGAUAAAAAUAUAUCAAGAAUUUUGAAUUCUUGUGAAUAUCCUUUCACAACUGUUGAGGAUCGUCUUGCUGUUCUGCAGUUUUUGUGUAAUCAAUUUCUUAUCACUAAUCCAGUUCGUGAUGAUUUGAUCAAUGAAGCACCUAUACAAUAUGAUGACCAUUGUAGAGUAUGUCACCGCCUAGGUGAUUUAUUGUGUUGUGAAACAUGCCCAGCAGUAUAUCAUCUUGAGUGUGUUGAUCCUCCACUUGAAGAUGUGCCUUCUGAAGACUGGCAAUGUUCAUUAUGUAAACAACAUAAAACUGUUGGUGUUACUGAUUGUGUAUCUGAUGCUGAAAAACAAGGAUUACUUUGUCGUCAUGAACACCUAGGUUUUGAUAGGCAUGGUAGAAAAUAUUGGUUUAUCUCAAGACGGAUUUUUAUUGAGGCUGAAAAUAGUGAUGUCUGGUAUUACACAACAGCAGACCAGUUUCAAGAAUUACUAAAUAUCUUAGAUUCUAAGGAAAUGGAAGCUCCCCUUGUUCACGAAUUACUUGAAAUGAAGUCUGAGAUUCUUCGUCAAAUGGAUAUUACAGAAAAACUAACCAAUCAAGCUAAAGGAAACAGAAAGUCAUAUUUAGAAGUACAGAAUGCUACUAUUCUUAAAAAGAAAAUAUCAAAAGAAACACAUAAACAGCAAGGAUUCAGUAUUAACGAUGAUGACAAAGGGUCAGAUUCACUUGUAAGUGAUGGAGAUAUUGUACAUGAAGUAACUGUGUCUAGUGAGGACAAUGAAAAACAUGAAGAAAAUGAAACAUAUAAUCCUGAUGAAAAAAGCACUAAUAAAAAUAAGUUAAUAAAGAAAAAUGAAGAAGUAUCUGAACGUCUUACAAGACAAAGAUCAAAUCAAAUAUCAAAUGGAACAUACUUAUUUAAGCUUGGAAAUGAAAAUGUAUUUAAGACUUAUGUCAAUCAAUAUACAUGUAAUCCAUUAGCCCUAAAUAAGCCCCAGAGAAAUGAAGAGCGUGAUAAGAAGAGAUAUAUUUCACACAAAUUUUCACUGUCAUCAGGACAGGAUUUCAAAUGGAUUGGUUUAUUGAAUGCGACAAAGCCAUUGCUAGUAGCAACAUUGCGUCAAACACUUCUACACUUGGAGUCUAAUAUAGUUAUACAAUUCAUGCAUCCCAAUUGGAGCCUCCUUAGGAAGCCCUGGGUGCAAGCUGUACAGCUCUGUCAAGCGCCUAGAGACUUUGCAAGAGCACUUUGCGUGUUACAGGCAUGCAUUAGAAGUGUGGUGUGGGUACCAGCAUGGCACGAACAGCUGGGACAUGUACGGCUAAUGCGGACUACUGCGUUGGAGCGUGAAGAACGUAAGAAAAUCGACAAGAGAGAGAAAAAAGAAAGGGACGAAGAAGAAGAACGCUACCGCACUGCAUACAACUUUGUUAAAUACUCCUUAGGUCUUCACAAUCAGGUGUGGAAACAAAAAGGUGAAGAAUAUAGAAUUCAUGGCCAGUGGGGUUGGCUCUGGAAUUCAUCUACUAGAAAGUUUAAAAAGCGUUACAAGUGUAUAAAAUUGGGCUUGAGCAAUGGGCCUGCAAAAAUUGCGGUUAGGGUAAGGGAAGGAAGCAUCAUUAAAGUGUUGGCAGUGGAACCUAAGACAUAUGAUUACCUUACAUCUGAUGGAUCUACUGAUGAAGAUGUUUUGGCAAAAUUACCCCCAUCAAUGAGAAACAUGACAUUGGAGAAGGAUGUUGAGGAUUUUGAGGAAAUUAAUGUAGAGAAAGCUCUAAGUUCCACAGUAAGACAGUACUACCCUAAAAUUGCAAGGAAAUCCAAAUUAGAUGAUCUUUUGGCUCGGCGUACAUAUCUCAAGUUCAUGGAGGAAAAAAAAAUUGGAAACCUAUUAGAGAAAGUUAAAAAAGAAGAAGAAGUAAGAAAUGAAGAAGACAAGAGUAUUGAUAUUGAAACUGAAGAUUCAGAAACCGAAGUGACAAAUAUGUGUAAUACAACUGAUGAUGAUAACCAAGAAAAUAAUUCUAUAAGUAGCGAAAUAGCUACUCUGCGAGAGCAAUAUUUAGUAUUAAGUGGAAUUACCAAGCAGUACAAUUGUUAUUCCUUAGAUUGUAGGAAUGCUGAAACGGUCUUAAACCACACCGGAUUAAAAGUAAACUGUUAUUCACCUUUGUGUAUUGAGAAAGCUAAUUUAUUAAAUAAACUCCUGUCAUUGUUAAAAAGCAGUUCUGCCAACAACAAAGGUUUUGGUUUAAACUCACAGGAAAAUAAUAAAAUGUCAAUAUUAGAGCAAUAUCUUCUCGGCAAAAGAUCUAAUUCAAAUGAAAAUAUUUUGACUGAUUUAUUGUCUGCGGUUGCAUGUGCCCAAGAUUGUGACAAUAGAAAUACAGAUUGCUUCAUCAAGCGAAAGUCCAGUAGUGACUCUGAACCCAGCCUGAAAAUGGAAAGAAGUGACUCCAAUAUUCCUUAUGCUGAUAGUAUUCUUAAAAGUGAAAAUACUUUAGAUGAGUGUGCAGUUCCAGCUGUUGGCAAUGAAAUGGAUAUAGAUAUAGGCAAUAAUAACAUUGAUGAGAAUGAUGUGGAAAUUGGACCUUUGAAGGAGCUUACUGAAAGUGAUUGUCAGAAUGCAGAAAGCGGCGACGAUAAGUCUCGUCCUCCAAUUCCCAAGUUAAAAAUAACUAGAGGUAAGUCAGCGAAGUUAAAUAAAGAAACAAAAAAUUAUGAAUGUUCCGUAAAGAGUGAAAAAACAGAAGACGUACCCAAGUAUCGAGCUGCAAUAAAUAGACGAUUCGGAGCAAAAAGUAUUAAGAGGGAGGAAAAAGCAAUCAAAGAAGAGAAGACUGAAUGUGGAAUCGUUAGAAUUUAUUCUACAGAAAAACCAUGUGGAAAACUUUACCUGAAAAGAGUCCAAACUUCCGCAACUGAAAAGAAAAAGAAGAGGACACCAGUGAAGUAUCCACCUUGCUCAUCAUUUCACACGAAAAGUAAAACGAAAACAAUAAUGGUCUUGCCGAACCAUGAACUAAGGAAAUUGAGUCGACAAGGAGGUCACUCGACGGUGCACGGAUUUAGCCAUAGCGCUAAACCGAAUCAGCUGGUUUGGCCGUAUCCUUGUGCUAGGCCUCUUUUCAAAACCUGUUGGUUGUACAGAACGGUGAACCUCCAGUGGUUGGCCAGUGCGGCCCUGCAACUUAGAGUGAUGUGGGCAUGCCUGCGCUGGGACGACAUGGCAGCCAAAGCUGCCACGGCUGACGGGAAGCACCAACUCACCACGGACACCGAAAUCGUUUCCUUGGAGCUUUUGAAACAUCGUCACGUCGGCCAAUUUUCGGAAAGGACACAAUAUCUAAGACGUCGGGUUGUCAUUCCUCUUGAGCUUCCCAAAACCGUGCGUGAGGUGACGUCCAUUCGCAGCGGUUUAAGGAAACGGAAACGUGCGGAAUCCCCACAAAAUACGGAACCACAGGUAACGGAAGAAUGGGUAGACGAGGAAAAGUUGGAACUAUGGGAGGUGCGUCAAUACGGCGAGCGUUCGGAGCGGAUGACGCCAGUGACGCGCACCACCACGGGCAAGUUGCCCCUCAGGGGCCGAGCGCCCACACCUCCCCCCCGCGCACGCGGCUGA